CUGAAAAAUUUCCGAUGGAAAAUUCAACAUUAAUAAAUCUUCUGAAAUCAAAAUCAAAACAAGCUUUGCUUCAAUGGCUCGACGGUUUCCGAGAAGCUUGCUGUCUCCACAGAGUCGUCGUUCUUUGCCACAGGUCGAGAAAGCUGAUGAUUCGAACAGGGCAGUGUUUUCUCUUGAAUGGGUUUAUUUUUUUAGGAAGUAUAUGUGUCCUAUACUCUGUUAUGACCCCUACAUUGCUGUGGAUGUUACCUGAUCAGUGCUCAAAGUUUAGUUCUCAAGAACUUUGCUCAGCUGGUGGUAUUUUAAAGCUUUAUUCAUUCUUACGUUUUGGACUCAUACAACUCCUUUAUGUAUUUUGGUUUUACCCACUGUACAUUUUCAGCAUUAUUCUGAGCAAUAUCUGGUACAAUGACAUUGCUAAGUAUGGGUUUGCUGCAAUGGGAAGAUCAAGGCAGACUGUACCAGAACCAUCAAGAAAAAAUGAGACUUCACAAAAUGCAGAUCAGAAGGAUAGACCAAUUGACCUAGGAGGGGUCAUGAUUGGACUAGGUGAACAAGUUUACUCGGUGCUUCUUUUGAGCUUCUUCUUUUUGGAGGUUUACGCAACAGGAUUUAUACCCUACAUUGGGAAGGCAGUUAAUUUCCUACUUCUAGCUUGGAUGUAUGCCUAUUACUGUUUCGAGUACAAGUGGAACUUUUCUGAAGUGGGUCUGGACAAAAGGCUUGACUUUUUUGAAUCUAACUGGGCAUUCUUUGCUGGUUUUGGAAGCCCUUGUGUUCUUGCUAUUUUCUUUUUCUCACCUCUUGUGAGCUACGGAGUCAUGGCCAUACUAUUUCCAUUGUUUGUUCUUACUGCGACGGGCUCCGGAGCAGAAGAAUUUAUUUCUUUAAAAAGAAGACAAUGGAAAGGUUCCAGACUGGGGAGGCUUCCAAUAUUUUAUGCAGCAGAUACUUUGUCGCUGAGAGUCUUGUCGUUCUUCCACUUCCGCCUGGAAUCUCUAAAACAGAAACAAGAAGACAGUAAGACACUCUAAAAAGCUGUCUUGACGCUUACCUGAUUUAUCAACUUAUCAGGUUCAAAUCAAAUGCUCGGUCAAACAAAUCACAUAUAUUCAACAGGACGAUACCGAUGUAUUAUAAGCUCCAAUGCUCCAAGAAAUUCUGCUGAAAUUUCAUGUGAGUUGAGCAAAAUUGUGAAAAAGGUAAUCUAUAACCUGUCAAUUUCUUAGCACUGUGUGUAUAGAAGUACAGGCUUUGAAAAAUGAAGUUAAUUUGUACAUAAUACAAUCCUGAGCAAUAUGCAGGUGUUAAUAUCCCAAAAUUUAACUUCCACAUAUCUUUGAUGCUCAUAUUUAGGAAAUUAACCAUGAAAUUAUGUGGUGUUGAUGUUUUUGCCAAUUGCAAGCCUCACCAAUGGUAUCGGAAUAGUGUUACCUUCUUUGCGGGCGUUAGCAGGAACCCAAAAAAUUACAUUUGGGGGUUAAGUGUAAUAUUUGAUGAAUAAGGGGACUAACUUUAAAAAAUGUAGUUAGGAAAUUGCAUCGAAGGGAGAAUUUGAAGAAUAAGGGAGGCUGAAGGGUGAAAUAUGAAAUUUAGGGGAGAAAAUAUAUUUUUAUAUAAAAUUUAAACUUUU